AUGACUGAACCAAUUCAACAACUUCGAAUUAUUGCACAACCUAAGGCAUUCUAUCGCGAAAGAUAUGGAAGUGAAAUAGAUCAAACUGAAAAUAUAGCUAAACGUUACAUUCGUGCUGAUGAUAAUAAUCAGUUAAAUCUCUCAUAUCCAACUAUAGAGUUCGAAAAAAAUGAUGACCAAUCAGAAGAAAUUUUGUCAAAUGCAUAA